CACAUUGCGCGCUCAGGAGUAAAUACAUCACUGUCUCCGUUGAUGACAAAGUGCCUGCCUGCUGAUGCCCGGGUCAUCUCGAUCUCCUCAGCCUCCUUUACCGUCGAUCAAGCCGUCCUCACUGGUGAAUCUCACUGUGUCACAAAAUCUACCGAGACCGUGAACCUGUCGGGUGCCGUCAAGCAAGAUAUGGUCAAUAUCUUGUGCAGUAGGACUACGAUUGUCAGCGGCAAAGCCCAAGCUGUCGUCGUCUUCACCUGUAGUCGGACCGCGAUCGGUGAUAUCCACGAAUCGAUCACCAGUCAGAUAUCUUCAGAACACUCCAUUCAAACAAAAGGUCGAUGAUUUCAGCGACCUCUUGGUUGCUCUUCCUUAAACUUACUCUUCCUUGAG